AUGAAAGUCAUUUCUCAAGGUCAGAAUUACGAAGGUGACUUUGGUAAUGGUCUGAGUACUGCCACAGAUAACCUGAGCAAUACUGAGGAUUACCUAAACCCAGCAGUAUUGGCUGCUUUAGCUAGCGUUUCGCAUAAAUCUCUUCAAUUCUCUUCGAAGAGCACUCGCCCUGUCGUGCUUGCCGCCUAUGAAAUCGCUAUGAGAGCCAUGUACUUCAUCAAUGGACUUCGAGACUACGAUUGUUUACCAGACGUAGAGGAUAAAGAGGGCGGCACACAAGCUCUCCAAACCUACGAUUCGGAUUUGUUACUGCUGGUGACCGGAUACACGUCCAUAAAGAAUUACUGGAAUGUGGUGCGUUUUGAGACGCGGCAGGAGGUGGUGCAUGCAUUUAAUACUUUCAGUGUUGCCAAACUGCCCAUUUAUCUGCUUCCAACCCAGACUGCAGGUCUGCGCCUUGAUGUUCAAGCGUCUGCUGCCACUGUCAUCAUUCAUAAUUCUAACUGGAAUCCACAACUCAAUCUCAAGCCAAUGAAUCCUUGA